GUCAACAGCAUGGAGGAGAAUGACCCCAAGCCUGGCGAAGCGGCGGCGGCGGUGGAGGGACAGCGGCAGCCGGAAUCCAGCCCCGGCGGCGGCUCGGGCGGCGGCGGCGGCGGCGGUAGCAGCCCAGGAGAAGCGGACACCGGGCGCCGGCGGGCUCUGAUGCUGCCCGCGGUCCUGCAGGCGCCCGGCAACCACCAGCACCCGCACCGCAUCACCAACUUCUUCAUCGACAACAUCCUGCGGCCCGAGUUCGGCCGGCGAAAGGACGCGGGGACCUGCUGUGCGGGCGCGGGAGGAGGAAGGGGCGGCGGAGCCGGCGGCGAAGGCGGCGCGAGCGGUGCGGAGGGAGGCGGCGGCGCGGGCGGCUCGGAGCAGCUCUUGGGGUCGGGCUCCCGAGAGCCCCGGCAGAACCCGCCGUGUGCGCCCGGCGCGGGCGGGCCGCUCCCAGCCGCAGGCAGCGACUCUCCGGGUGACGGGGAAGGCGGCUCCAAGACGCUCUCGCUGCACGGUGGCGCCAAGAAAGGCGGCGACCCCGGCGGCCCCCUGGACGGGGCGCUCAAGGCCCGCGGCUUGGGCGGCGGCGACCUGUCGGUGAGCUCGGACUCGGACAGCUCGCAAGCCGGCGCCAACCUGGGCGCGCAGCCCAUGCUCUGGCCGGCGUGGGUCUACUGUACGCGCUACUCGGACCGGCCUUCUUCAGGUCCCAGGUCUCGAAAACCAAAGAAGAAGAACCCGAACAAAGAGGACAAGCGGCCGCGCACGGCCUUUACCGCUGAGCAGCUGCAGAGGCUCAAAGCUGAGUUCCAGACCAACAGGUACCUGACAGAGCAGCGGCGCCAGAGCCUGGCGCAGGAGCUCAGCCUCAACGAGUCACAGAUCAAGAUUUGGUUCCAGAACAAGCGCGCCAAGAUCAAGAAGGCCACGGGCAACAAGAACACGCUGGCCGUGCACCUCAUGGCACAGGGCUUGUACAACCACUCCACCACGGCCAAGGAGGGCAAGUCGGACAGCGAGUAGGGUGGGGGCAUGGAGGCCAGGUCUCAGUCCGUGCUAAACAAUGCAAUAAUUUAAAAUCAUAAAGGGCCAGUGUAUAAAGAUUAUACCAGCAUUGAUAGUGAAAAUAUCGUGUAUUAGCUAAGGUUCUGAAAUAUUCUAUGUAUAUAUAAUUUACAGGUGGUAUAAAAUUCAAAAUAUCUGACUAUAAAAUAUUUUUUUGA